AUCCCCCUGAAGAGCUAUAAUUGCUGCACUCCAUCCUGUUGCUGCCAUUCUCUUGGCGGAGUCCUCUGGGGUUCCAGGCAGGCAGCAGCUGCAGGCCAGGGGGGAUGGACUGGCCGCACAGCCUGCUGCUCAUUCUCACCAUCUCCAUCUUCCUGGGGCUGGGCCAGCCCCGGAGUCCCAGAGGCAAGAAGAAGGGGCAGAGCCGGCCUGGGACUCUGCUCCCUGGGCCCCACCAGGUGCCGCUGGACCUGAUAUCCCAGGCAAAGCCGUAUGCCCGCAUGGAGGAAUAUGAGAGGAACCUUGGGGAGAUGGUGGCCCAGCUGAGGAACAGCUCUGAGCCAGCCCGGAGGAAGUGUGAGGUCAACCUGCAGCUGUGGUUGUCCAACAAGAGGAGCUUAUCACCCUGGGGCUACAGCAUCAACCAUGACCCAAACCGCAUCCCUGCGGACCUGCCUGAGGCGCGGUGCCUAUGCCUGGGCUGUGUGAACCCCUUCACCAUGCAGGAGGACCGCAGCAUGGUCAGCGUGCCGGUGUUCAGCCAGGUGCCUGUGCGUCGCCGCCUCUGCCCGUUGCCGCCCCGCGCUGGGCCCUGCCGCCAGCGGGCAGUCAUGGAGACCAUCGCCGUGGGCUGCACCUGCAUCUUCUGAGAGCCUCCCCUGUACCCCCACCUGCUAAGUCAGGCCCAUGAAAAGUAAACGCUGUCUUUCCUAAAGCAAAACCUUGGGUUGACUCCUUGUGGCUCUGAAGUCUAAACCAGCGUGUGUGAUCGCUGAUCUAGUAGGUUCCAGGUGGGCCUGAGACUGUAAUUUUCUGUGGUUGUUCUGUUUCUCCUUCCUUCCUUCCAUCCUUCCUUCCUCUUCCUUCUUUCCAUGGAAUUUUUUUUAUUUUCUUCUUCUUCUUCUUCCUCUUCU